AGAGAGACAGACACAGAGAGACAGACGGAGGACUCUUUCAGCUGUCUGUGGAUAAUGACUCCGGCUCAGGAGGACAGAGAUGUCCGGGACGAGGCGCUCGGGGACGGGGGACAGCUCCUGCGGGACACCGGGGACACUCGCCGGUUCUUCAGAGGAUUUACCUGAACGGAGUUAUUUGACGUCACAGCCUAAAUGUCCGAGUGUCCCUGAAUGCAGCAGCAGCCGCAGACACGUCACGGGAGGACUGUCCUUCUUCUCCUUCUCGACAAUAACAAACAUCUGCAGCUGGGUCCUGUUUAAUAUCUGAAGACAUUAAGGACAUGUCUCUGUGCGCUGUCUUCUGUCCGCUGCUGCUGUGUCUGCCGGCUGCAGCUGCAGUUUUAGAGCAGCUGGAGAUCAGAGCGAAGCCUGGAGGUGACGUGGUUCUCCCUUGUCAGGCCGGCCUGGGCGGCGCCAUCACGCUGCUGGAGUGGAGACGACCGGACCUAAAGGCACGAGAGUACGUCUUCUUCUACAGGGAAGAGCGCGCAUAUCCAAACUACCAGCUGCCGUCGGUCCGCGGGCGAGUGGAGCCGAGAGAGCCGGGCAUGAAGAAUGGAGACGUUUCUGUUGUUCUGAAGGACGUCAGCGUCAACGACACAGGAACGUACGAGUGUCGAGUCACCGUCAGCUUCACAGAACACAACAAGACGAUUCGGUCAGAAGUCAGGAACCUCAUCCACCUGACCGUCACACACUCAGGUCAGACGACUGGAAACGAGCAUGGAAAUCUUGGACUGGUAGUUGGUGCGUCAGUUGCUGGUGUGUUUCUUCUUCUUCUCGGUGUUAUUAGUUGUAUCGUUUAUAGACUCAAAAAGAAAUCUUCAUACAAACCUCCUGCUGAUGCUUCGGUCGUGCCAGUGACCUGAAAGGUCUCAGCCCUCUUUAUUCCUGACAAUAAUUCUGUCCUUCUGCUGCUACAGAAAGAUAUUCCAAAAUAUAUCAUAAACUUGUGCACAAGGUGGAGCUUUUGACAGCUCAAGAGACAGAAGUCAGUGUAAAUAUUCAACCUAAGGUAAGAAUAUCUUAUAUAGUUAUCUCGGCAGCAUAACACAACACAGCAUCAUCUGCAUAGAGAUGCCUCUUAGUGUUCCAGCCCCUCAGGAAGAGCGGCAGGCCAGGAUGUCCAUCUGACAUCUUAAAAGCUCUUUUUCUUUUUCUUUGUUUUUUUAGUUGGCGCUGCUAUCUUAACCGGCGGCUGACUGGAUGCUUAGUUUGUCGUCAGUCAGAAAUGAUGUGAAAUGAGUAAAUGUCUAAAAACCGGAAAGGUCUGGACUCUGCCAGUUAUUGGUAGAUGUAUGAAACCACAUUGAAAUAAUUAGAAACGUCCAUUUUUGAAAAAAUAAAGAGUCUGAUCAGUUUCAUGAGAAUGAAAGUUAAAGAGAUGAAUCGCAGCAGGACACAUGAUCUCAUCCGGAGUAAAGACUCUCUCAUCAGUUACUUUUCUAUCAUUCGUUAUUAUCAGUAUUGUAAGCUCAUUAAAACGGACCACAAGGAUUCUCAUUCUUCAUUAUCUCCAUUUUAUGUUCAACUUUCUGCAUUUGGUAUGUAUGUUUCUUAUGAUGUUAAUAAAUGUAAAUACAUCUGA